GGCUAGUUUUUCCGUAUUGUUGGGUGCAUUUAACUGCGCGACUCCACCCUUCCCCAGGUUUUUACCGUGAGUUCUGGGGUUCUUGUUCUCCCAAUUCCAUCUCGUCUUUGCUCUCUUUCCGGUCCAUUGCUGUCAAGAUGGCGAGAACCAGCCCCGAUGCCGUCCACACCGCGCCGGAGGUCGUGCAUGACUCUGCCCACGAUGCGGGGAAGUCUGAUAUCGGCCAAGUCGAGCGCGUGUUUUCUGCCACCGAUGAGAAGGGCGACCACAUGAACUAUGACCGUGUGGAUAACGAAUUGGCCAAGUAUGCGAACGCCGUCGCCAUCGAAAUCUCAGAGGAGGAGAAUAAGCGACUAAAGAGGAUGAUUGACGGGCGAGUCCUUCCUAUCAUGGUGUUCACAUACUUUCUCCAAGCUCUCGACAAGGGGACCAUGUCCUUCACUGGUAUCAUGGGCAUCCGAGACGACAUUCCCGUUUUGCAAAACAACAGCAAGUUCGCAUGGCUCACGACGUGUAUCUAUAUCGCCGUGUUGAUCGUCGAGUAUCCGACAAAUUGGAUCAUUCAGCGUGUCCCCAUCGCCAAAUACCUCGGGCUCAACAUCAUGGCGUGGAGCUUUACGCUCGCGUGCCACGCUUUGUGCAAGAGCUUCCCCGCGCUCGUCGCUGUACGCACGCUCCUCGGCAUAUUUGAAGCUGUCUGCCAGCCUACCUUCUUGAUCCUAAGUUCCAUGUGGUACAAGCGAUCGGAACAGGCCCAGAUUGUCACCUUCUGGUACAUGAUGAACGGCGGCCAGCAGAUCGUUGGUGGUUUGUUAGCCUACUGCUUCAGUCUGAUCAAGAGCCCGCCUUCGGCCCUCAAGUCGUGGCAGGCCAUCUUCCUGGCCUACGGCCUUUUCUCGUUCUUCUGGGGCGCUUUCGUCAUCUAUUGGCUUCCUGACAGCCCUAUGCGCGCAAAGUGCUUCUCCGAAGAAGACAAGAAACUCAUGAUCGAGCGCGUCCGAUCCAACCAGACUGGUCUCCAGAACAGGAAGUUCCGUGCCUACCAGAUCAAGGAAGCUCUUCUCGACCCGCAAUCCUGGUGCUACUGCCUUAUCGCCAUCUGCACCACGCUGCCCACCUCUGGACUUGGCGCCUUCUCCCAGAUCAUCAUCAAGGGUUUCAACUUCACUGUCCUGCAGACGCAGCUCCUUGCCAUGGUCUUGGGCGUUGUCAUCAUCCUUACGCUGAUCAGCUCGACAUGGCUGGCGAAUAAAACAGGCCAGAAUCUCAUUGUCAUGGGUGUCUAUGUCAUACCAUCCUUCAUCGGCACCAUUGUCCUCAUGACCGUCAAGCUCCACGACAAAGGCUCCCAAAUCGGCCUCCUCAUCUCCUACUACAUCGUCCUCACCUUCUGGUCCGCGCAGACCCUCUCCAUGGCGCUCCUCUCCCGCAACGUCGCCGGUCAGACGAAGAAAUCCGCCGUUGUGGCCAUGAACUUCGUCGCCUGGUCCGUCGGCAACUCCAUUGGCCCGCAGGUCUUCUUGACGCGCGAUGCGCCGAGGUACUUCAUCGCUUUCUCGACGCACAUGGGCUGCUACAUCCUGCUUGUGCUGGUCAUUGCCUUCUUGAGGUUCUACUUUGUGUGGCAGAACAAGAAGAGGGAUGAGCUUGCUGCACAGGUUGUGGAGGCGAGGGACGAGCAUCUUGUACAUGCUUUUGAUGACUUGACGGAUAAGGAGAACCCGUCUUUCCGAUACAUGUAUUAAGUAGGGCGAUGAACG